GCUUUAACGAUUCCCUUUUAAAUAAAAAUGAAAUGAAAUAAAAUAAAAUAAGAAUCCUUUUCUUAUGAACUUCCGACUUCAAACCUGAAUUCAAUCUCCCGUAAAUGCCGGAGUUGCGCAAGCCCGUCAGGUGGGAAGCCACAGACACAAUUGUACUGAAGAAAUCAUAUGUUUUUCGUGAAACUCAGUAGGAUCAAGAAUGGCUGUUUAUUCGUCGAUGCAAAUUUUGAUUGCCUCGUGCAAGCAAAAGGAAAGGGCACAUUAAGUUCUUGUCAUAGUAAUUUCUUCAGUUCAGCUUCAGUGACAUCAUUCACACGAUCUUUUAGAGUUCCAAACGUAUUUACUAAGCAGAGAUCCUAUUGUGAGUAUUCAGUUAUGAGUGAAAAUUCAAUCGCAUGCCAUUCUGAUGGCAACACCAAUACUCAACAACCAUUGCAUAGGACUUACCAAGUUGUGGUGGCUGCAACUUGUGAUAUGGGCAUUGGGAAAGAUGGCAAGUUACCAUGGAAAUUGCCUUCAGAUCUUAAGUUUUUCAAGGAGUUAACAAUGACUACUUCAGAUCAGGAGAAGAAGAAUGCCGUUAUAAUGGGGAGGAAAACUUGGGAAAGCAUUCCCCCUCAAUUUCGACCUUUGCCAGGUCGCCUCAAUGUAAUACUCACUCGUUCUGGGAGUUUUGAUAUUGCUACUGCAGAGAAUGUCAUCAUAUGUGGCAGUAUUCCAUCUGCUCUAAAAUUGUUAGCAGAAUCCCCAUACAAUAUUUUGAUAGAGAAGGUUUUCAUGAUAGGAGGUGGCCAGAUAUUAGGGGAAGCACUUAAUGCUCCGGAAUGUGAUGCUAUCCACAUGACUGAAAUUGAGAGUCAUGUGGAAUGUGACACUUUUAUUCCUGCAGUUGAUCUGUCGGUCUAUCAGCCAUGGUACAUGUCCUCGCCUGUGGUGGAGAACAGUAUCCGAUAUUUUUUUGUGACUUUUGUACGUUUGAAGACGUCCACCAUGGGACCUACCAAUUCCAGCCUUGAGGUGAGUUAUACUGGUAGUGUUUUAGACUACAAGAAGUUCAAAUACUCGAAUUUCACUUUCCUGCCGAAGACGAUUUUCGAGAAGCAUGAGGAGUUUCUCUAUUUGAAACUGGUUCAAGAUAUUAUUUCAAAUGGCAAUGACAAAGGUGACCAGAUGGGCACUGGUACUCUUUCAAAAUUUGGGUGCCAGAUGCGCUUUAAUCUGCGAAAAUCUUUUCCACUUCUCACUACUAAGAGCAUUUUCUGGCGAGGAGUUGUUGAAGAGCUUUUGUGGUUUCUUAGUGGAUCUACCAAUGCUAAGGGGAGGACAGGAGUGGUAAUUUUAAUUAUCAGUGACAAUAAAAGGGAAAGAAUUAGCAAACUCUUUAUGUUUUGGCAUACGGAAAAUUCUACUGCCGAUGUGAAUCAAGUCAUUAUACCCUCACUUCUGAACUUUGUUCUACAGGAAAAGGCCAUUAAUAUAUGGGAUGGAAAUGCAUCAAGUGAAUACCUUGACAGUAUAGGACUGACAGACAGGGAAGAGGGUGAUUUAGGUCCAGUAUAUGGGUUUCAAUGGAGGCACUUUGGUGCCAGAUACACCAACAUGCACACUGACUACACUGGCCAAGGAUUUGAUCAAUUAUUAGAUGUCAUAGACAAGAUCAAGAAUGAACCCAAUGACAGGCGAAUUAUCCUCUCUGCUUGGAAUCCUUCUGAUCUCAAGUUGAUGGCAUUGCCCCCUUGCCACAUGUUCGCACAGUUUUAUGUAGCCAAUGGCGAGCUAUCAUGCCAGAUGUAUCAGCACUCGGCUAAUAUGGGUCUUGGGGUGCCUUUUAAUAUCGCAUCAUAUUCUCUAUUGACAUGCAUGAUUGCUCAUGUUUGUGGUCUUGUUCCAGGUGAUUUAAUCCAUGUAAUUGGAGAUGCUCAUGUUUAUAAAACACACAUCAGUCCUCUACAGGAGCAACUUAAACAAAUUCCAAAGCCUUUCCCGAUUUUGAAGAUCAACCCACAGACAAAGGACAUUGAUUCAUUUGUAGCUGCUGAUUUUGAACUUAUAAAUUACGAACCUCAUUCAAAGCUAGAAAUGAAGUUGGCAGUGUAAUAUUUGAAGGGCGGAAAGACAAAUAUUGUGGACAAAGGUUCGAGACAAAGGAAAUAUAGUUGGGAUUAUGCAGAUAACGAACACCUGUAAAUGGUUAGUUGCGAAUAAAUGCUAAUGAACAUUUAUUAGAUAUGGACUAUGAAACUCUAGUUACCUUUGCAGUAUCCUUUCUUCCUCUUUUUAAAAUCCACUGUUCUCUUUUAUGGUCUCGUUGUCUGUCUCCAUCUAUUUUAGUGGUUUAAAGUGAUGUUUCCAGAGAAUACUUGCAUCAAUUAGAAACUCCUUGAAGUUUUAUUUUGUUCGGGAUUUA